CUUUCCCGCUGGACGAGACCCCGUCCAACCGCAGCUCACUCCGCCAACCCCUAUAUAAAGGGAACCCCGAGAACCAAGCCGAUAAACCGUGGUCGGAGCUCCGGGAGUGAUAGUGUGGUACCAUUUUUCGAUGGCGUCCGCUGCAGGAAACCCCACAGCAGUGGAGUGGCACCUUAGGCCUCCAAACCCUAAGAACCCAAUCGUCUUCUUCGACCUUACCAUCGGCACUAUUCCCGCCGGCCGAAUCAAGAUGGAGCUCUUCGCCGACAUCGCCCCCAGAACUGCCGAAAACUUCAGGCAGUUUUGCACCGGUGAGUACAGAAAAGCAGGAUUACCUGUUGGUUACAAGGGAUGCCAGUUUCAUAGGGUGAUUAAAGAUUUCAUGAUUCAAGCUGGUGAUUUUCUGAAGGGUGAUGGCAGUGGGUGUGUUUCCAUUUAUGGAAGCAAAUUUGAAGAUGAAAAUUUUGUUGCCAAACACACUGGCCCUGGUUUACUGUCGAUGGCAAAUAGUGGACCAGGCACCAAUGGUUGUCAGUUCUUUAUAACGUGCGCAAAGUGUGACUGGCUUGACAAUAAGCAUGUGGUAUUUGGGAAAGUGCUUGGAGAUGGUCUUUUGGUGAUGAGGAAGAUUGAGAAUGUGGCAACUGGACCCAACAAUCGGCCUAAGCUGGCCUGCGUUAUUGCCGAAUGCGGGGAAAUGUGAGACUCGAAUACAUGAAAGAUAGCUAGGGCUUUUCAAAGAAGUUGAGAUUGUCCCAUGGUGUCGCGAGAUGGUUAAAAAUUUGUGACGGGAAACCCAGAAAGAUUGGAACAACUUGCAGUCAGAACUGGUUAUACAAAUGACUAUUCUGUAGUGUACUGGAUAUCGUCCCUUAAGUAUCUUAAAUAUUGUCUAGAAACAGACAUUGUAAUGAGUAGCUGGUUUCUUGUCUAGUGAAAGUCAAUCGUAGGAUGAUACAGGGUUCAUCUUUGAACUUUUGAGCUCGAGGCUUUUAUUGUAGAUGAGAGGAGGGGGCUUGCUGAUUUAAACAUAAUGGAAAAUUUCCAUGAAAGGGUUGAGCUAACAAGAGAUGCCUCUUCAAGAGAUGAA